UAUUUUAGCGGCGUGGUGUGAAUAAAAUAAUUUGUACACUUUUUAUAAUAAAAUAAAUUCAUACUCAAUAUUUAUUUUUAAUAAUGUAAUUUGAAUUUGUGCAACUCAAAUCGACGUUUGUAUGAUAUUUCAUUCAAGUUUAAUAUAAAAUUGACAAUAUCAUCUCCGACUUUACGUGAAGAUUAGAUGGGUCGUAAAGCAAAAUUUGAUGGAACCCAGGUUCCAAAGGGGCCUGGUAGAAAAGCAAGAAAGCAAAGUGAUCCAACUUUUCCAAAAGGAGUUUUAGUCAAGGAAGCUACUAAAUUGAGUCAUCGACAGAAGCAAAGGAUAAAGAAGAGAUUACAGAAAAAUCAACAGCUUAAGGAAAAUGCAAAAAAGUUGCUCAAGAAGAAAAUUAUUCCUGAAGAAGAACAAAUACAAUUAAAAAAUGGAAAAGAUAUAUCUAAACUGAAGGAUGUGUCAAAACUGAAUAAGAAGGAAAAGAAGAUUAAACCUAAAUCUACUGUUAACGAUAAUAAUUACAGCAAAGAUGACAAUAUGAAGAUUCUUUCUGAUUCACAGAUUUCUAAAUCAAAAGAUAAAGUAAGAGAAAAACAGAAGAAAGGAAAAAUUACUACUGGUAAUUUAGAAAGUGCUAGUAAUGACAUGAAAAUUCGCUCUGAUAAUCAAAUUUCCAAGCCAAAAAAUAAAGUAAAAGAAAGUAAAAAGAAAAUGAAGAUAAAAGAAAAAAUUGUAUCUAAUAGUUUAGACAUUGAUAAUGAUGACAAUAUGAAAAUUUACUCUGAAAAUUAUGCUUCCAAACCAGUAAGUAAAGCUAAAGGAAAUAAAAAGAAAAAGAUGAAACAAAAAAUUGUAACUAAUAAUUUAGAAAGUAAUGACAAUAUGGAGAUUCAUUCUGUUAAUCAGGUUUCCAAGCCAGGAAAUAAAAUAAAUGAAAAUAAAAAGAAAAAAAGGAAACGAAAGAGUAUAACUAAUAACACAGAAAUUGAUAAUGAUAAUGAUAUAGUUUCCAACAGUAAUAGUAAAGCUUUGGAAAAUGAGCAAAUGGAACAAGAUGAGGAAGAAGAAGAUAUGAGUUAUGAUGCUAAUCAGUUACUUUCUAUAACAAACUCGAAGAAGAAGUUAAAGAAAGCUAAACAGAAAUUUGUAAGCAGUAAUGCAGAAAAUGAUAGUGAUGCAGAAAGUGAAAUGGAAUCCAGUGAUGAGGAAAACUCUUCUGAUGAAGAUAUGGAACAAGAUGAGAAUAAAAAUGAUAAAAGUGAUGACGAUUUACUUCCCAUAGAGAAAGAUAAUAAAAAACUGAUUAAAAGAAAAAAGAAGGAAGAAAAACUUGCGCAGGAAGAAAUGAUCAAUAUGAUGUCUCAGCAAAGUGUAUUCUCUUUUCCAACUGAAGAAGAACUUGCCAACGUCACCAAUCUAAAAGAUAUCCAACAACGAAUACGAGACGUUAUUAUGGUACUGUCAGAUUUCAAGAGAUUACGUGAUGGAAAUAGAUCGCGUUCUGAAUAUAUCACAUUACUGCAAAAAGACUUGUGUACAUAUUAUAGUUAUAAUGAUUUUCUGAUGCUGAAAUUAAUACAAAUGUUCUCAUUGGAUGAGUUAUUAGAAUAUUUAGAAGCUAGCGAAGUACAGAGACCUAUGACUAUUCGCACCAAUACUCUGAGAACACGACGACGCGAUUUAGCAGAGGCUUUAAUCAAUAGGGGAGUUAAUCUCGAUCCACUAGGAAAAUGGACAAAGGUCGGUUUGGUAGUGUAUUCCUCGCAAGUGCCUAUGGGUGCAACACCCGAGUAUCUGGCUGGACACUACAUCAUACAAGGUGCAUCUAGCUUUUUGCCUGUUGAAGCGUUAAACCCGAAAGAGAACGAAAGAAUUCUAGAUAUGUGUGCCGCGCCAGGUGGCAAAGCCUCGCACAUCGCCGCUCUCAUGAAGAACACCGGGGUAUUGUUCGCGAAUGACGUAAAUCAGGAUCGACUGAAGGCCGUUGUUGGCAAUUUUCAUAGACUCGGUAUCGUCAACUCCGUAGUCUGCAGUUAUGACGGGAGAAAAUUCCCCACGAUUAUGAAAGGAUUCGACAGGGUUCUGCUGGACGCUCCAUGCACAGGCACAGGAGUAGUGGCAAAAGAUCCUAGCGUGAAGACCAACAAGGAUGAAGUGGAUAUUCAGCGUUGUUGCACAUUGCAGAGAGAAUUAUUGUUGGCCGCGAUAGAUUGUGUUAAUGCACGUUCGGAAACCGGCAGUAUUAUUGUUUACUCUACUUGCUCCAUUCUUCCGGAAGAGAACGAGUGGAUUAUUGAUUAUGCGCUUAAAAAGCGCGAUGUUAAGUUACUGCCCACCGACUUGGAGUUCGGGACCGAUGGUUUCACGAGUUACCGGCAACACCGAUUUCAUCCUUCAUUGAAGUUAACUAAACGAUUUUAUCCACAUGUACAUAAUAUGGACGGUUUUUUCGUAGCAAAAUUAAAAAAGUUCUCCAACAUUAUUCCUAAUCAGAAAAAUAUAAACCAAGAAACGUCUGAUUAAAAUUUUUAAUAGACUUUUAUAGUUUUGUCUUACAAUAAAAUGACUUAUGAUAUAUUGUCAUCCCUUGAGACAACUAUUCCAUAAAAUAAUUGUCUUAUUUACAGGUCGCUCAUACAAUACUACGUCAGAUUUUAGGCAGCAAAUGCCUAAAAGUAUUUCUACACAUAGUAUAUAAUAUUCUUAAAAUGUAUCCCUCUAGAGCAUUCAUAUUUUUUUAUAUCACAUAUGUAUAAAUUGUAUAACUUUCUGUAAUUAUAAGAACUUGUUCCAAUUAUAUGCUUAUUUUAAUCA